AUGUCUUACGCUCCUGGUGAUGCUGGCAAGGGUGCUGGUCUCUUCAAGACCCGUUGCGCACAGUGCCACACCCUCGGCGCUGGCGAGCCUCAUAAGGUCGGCCCCAACCUCCACGGUGUCUUCGGUCGUAAGACCGGUCAGGCAGAAGGCUUCUCCUACACCGCCGCCAACGUGAACAAGGGUAUCACUUGGACCGAGCAGACUCUCUUCGAGUACCUCGAGAACCCGAAAAAGUACAUUCCUGGAACGAAGAUGGCGUUCGCUGGUCUUAAGAAGGAGAAGGACCGCAACGACCUCAUCACCCACUUGAAGGAGGCGACCGCAUAA